CCUUGACCGGGAGACGGAAAACCCCAACGCCGGCAAGAACCGCCCCUCGCAAGCAAUCGCUUGCUCGUCGCGCUCGAAUCCCGCGCGUUCGCGGGAGCGGCGAGGAGGAGGAGGAGCAUGGCCGGGAAGGGAGGAGGGAAGUCGCUGGUCGCCGCGAAGAUAGCGGCUGGCAUGGACAAGGACAAGAAGUCGCCGGUCAACCGCUCCGCGCGCGCCGGCCUCCAUUUCCCUGUGGGACGCAUCCACCGCCACCUGAAGGAUAGCGCACAGGCCGGCGAGCGGGUGGGGGCGACGGCGGCCGUGUACGCGGCGGCCGUCCUGGAGUACCUGACGGCGGAGAUCAUGGAGCUGGCCGGGAACGCGUGCAGGGACCUCAAGGUGAAGCGCAUCACCCCGCGGCACCUCCAGCUGGCGGUACGCGGGGACGAGGAGCUGGACACCCUGAUCAAGGCCACCAUCGCCGGCGGCGGCGUCAUCCCCCACAUCCACAGGGAGCUCAUCGACAAGGCUGCCUAGGAAUGACGAAGGAGCAAGCAGUCUGAGAAAAAAACCUGAGAACCAAGUAGUACCAUGAACCUCUUGUGGGUGGCUUCGCUCUUGUUGCGUUGUCAAUCUGCUGAUACAUACACAUUUCUCAAAAAUAGAGGCGGGCACUCGCCGCUUCAUGCUCCCUUGGAUGGUUGUUCUUUUCAUCCAUCAGCUGAACCCAGCUGAUCAUCCCGGUCAGCAUUGAGAAUUGGUCUGUGCAUGAACUUAAUCGAUAAACAGUCAAAGAGCUCACCCUUUUUACUCUACCAUUGACGAAGAACGUUAUCUAUGUGUU